AGGCAACAUAGGCGACGUCACCACGUCCUGCUGUUGCCAUGGACACGGUGUCAGCGCAUCGAGUUGGAGCCGUUGAUCAGGACUCAGCGUCAGUUAGCCGAACAGAAAAGACUCCCAACUAAAACUGCCACUUUCUGUCGGACUGGAUGGAGACUGUACAGGAGUCAGACAGUGAGGAGCAGGUCAGAGGUGGACAGACAUGGGAAGAGGAGGAUGAUGAUGAAGAGCCGACACAGCUGGAGGAGACGCUCCGUCAUGCUUCAGCUCCUCGGGAGCGUCUGAGUGAAAACCUGAACUUGGAGGCAGACGAUCGGUGUCCUGAGUCUUACAGGGUUAACUCCCCCGACGAGAUUCGACUGUUGGCCAUCGUAGAGAACUUCCAGCUUCAGUACUCACACUUGUGUCCUGAACGCAAACCACUGCUGCUCUGCCCUGUCAACGAAUGUGGUGUUAAGAAGUUUGUGUCAAUGACCCUUCGGCCUGCACCGACAGCCUCCACUGAACUUUUCACCUGGGAGGGCUGUGCCUCCUUUGUGGCCGACUUCUUGUCUCUGGACCUGUUGGAGCCGCCUGUGGACGUGCCCCGGUACCUGUUCUCCUCCACCUCGGUGCUGCAGUCUCAGAGGGCCACAUGUUUUGAAUUUGCCACCCUCCUGUGCAGCCUGCUGCUCGGCGCUCACUACGACGCCUACUGUGUCAGCGGCUACGCCGUCAAAGAGAUGUGCCUGCUCGACCAGAGCCUGCAGGAGUGCCCCCUGCUGGACACUGAGGUCAAGACUGUGACCUCAGAGCUUCAGCGGCAGGAGAAUAAAUACACAGUGAAACCUCUGAGGGAGCUGAAGAGUAACUUUGUGACACAACAAGAGAAGAAGAAACAGGAUGCUGCGUUGCCUCAGAAACAAAAAUUACAGCAGGAGAGUGAGCAGCGACCUGCUGACCCCCUGAGAGGACUGUGGGUGCACUGUUGGGUGCUGGUGCUGUCGGGGAGUCGGAGCAUCCGGGAGAACUUCUUCAUCGACCCUCUGACCGGGAACAGCUACAGAACUGAUGAUGACAACUUCCUGGGCGUCGAGAGCGUGUGGAACAAUCUCAACUACUACGUUAACAUGCAGGACUGCAGGAACGGCUGCACUGAUAUGGUGUAUGACCUGGAAGACUUAAAGAUGUGGGAGCCGGUCUUGUUCGGUGCAACCAGCAAGAAGCAGCUGAUUCUUGAGGUGGCGAAGAAGAAGGGGAGCAAGCUGAUGAGCAGAAUCAGUUGUGAUGGGGAGGAGGAGGUGCAGCCCCAAGGUUUCGAGAUGCCGAGAUCCUGGGUCAGUUACAUGACUAUCCCAAAGAAAGACCUGGAGAACCGCCUGCCGGGAGGACAGAAGGUGAUCCGCUACAGAAAAGCCAAGCUGGAGAAGUUUGCACCGUACCUGAAGCCGGAUGGCCUCGUCACACGUCUCACUACAUACAAAGACCUGGACUGCACUGAGGUCCUCACAGUGAAGGAGUGGUAUCAGCACAGAAACGACCACUUGGAGCGGAGGGAGGUCAACAAGGUCGACGGCUCCACCACAGAACGCUUCAGCAGAGGACGACGUUUCUACCUGUUAUUUCACAGAUACACCGACACCCACCGUGAGACGGAGUUCAGCUGCGCUCGUGUCGACAAUCUGGUGCGGAGGGUGGAGUCGCCGGGUGAAAUGACUGAGCUGUUCGAGGGUCGAGACGACUUCCUCUACAUCCGGCACGUCAUCUUUGAUCGGCACGUUGAGUUUUCAGAGCCGGAUGUGGACGCUGGUCCAGAUGACCGACCACUGCAGAAAGUGGUGGAGCGUUUCCACAGGAACAAAUCCAAACCAGCUAAUGAAGAUGUGGCCGAGCGAGUGUUCCUAUUGGCUGAAAGACGGAUCGAGGUGACCUAUCACUUAGAGGACCACAGAUUUAUCCCUUCAAAGAGGAGCUUCAUCAAACCGCGAGAGUCAACAGAAAAAAAGAAGGCGGAGGACUUCACGCCUGACAUGGUCUCUGGCUUCCAGGUGGAUCCGUCUGAAAAGCCUCCUGAGACCUUGAUUCUGUACAGGCUGCUGGUGAACCUGAUGAAGGACGAGGACACGGUGGUUCAUCAGAUCCGAGGGUCUCAGAAAGAGGUGAGAGACGUUGUGUCCUGCAGAGAACAAGAGGAGAGAAACGUGCAGCUUCACUUCACACCGUGGACGACAACAGGAGCUGCCAAGGCCCGCAGUCAGAGACGGGAAAUGGAGCGUCUGGCAGCCGAGGAUCAGAGGUGGCUGCAGGAGAAGGAGAAGGACAUCCUGGCUCCGCUCCUGAUCCGGCUGGGAAACACAGAGACUCUGAGCGCCGAAGACGCCAAGCAGCUCCACCAGGACUGUUUGGCCGAGUUUAAACAGAGACUGGUAGAGCACGCCAACCUCAUUCAGGAACGCUACGAAAAGGAGACUCAGGAGCUGCAGGAGAAACAGCAGUGGUAUCAGAAGAACCAGCUCAACUUGACGAAACAGCAGGAGGAAGAGUACCAGAACUACUGCGCCCAGAAAACUCUGCAGAUACACGUCGCCAAGAAACGGCUCAGAAUGCACAAGGAGGCGGCUCCUCAGAAGUACCGUGUUCUCGAUCAGAAGCUGAAACGAGACUCUCGACUGUCCCCUCACCUGCUCGGCUGAGCUCCACAGCCCUCUUCACAAUCCUCGAUCGAUUUGGUUUUGAUUCUUUUCUUUACUCCUCUCAGUCAGGAUGAGGCAGGUGUGUGUCUGUCACAUGACUGAUGCUGUUUUUUAACAGACCUGCUGCCAGUUUUCUGCCGUCGAGUGACUGUUGGGUGAAGAUCCUGAUGUAACCUGGUGCAGAUCAGGUUAAGUCUGCAGCACGAGUGACCCUGAUGAUGCAGCUCAGUUAAAAGAGGGACAGCUUCAUGACACAGUAAACUUUGGCUUCAGAUGGACCGUCCUGUAAACAAACGUUGUGAUUAAGUUUCCAUCAUUCUGUAUUUAAAGAUUUUAGUCCCAUUUCUAGUGUCUGUUAUCAAAUCACAUCUUUUCCUUUUUUUAAAAAAAAAAAAGUUGUUUGGAAUACAAAUAAUGGUGAAAGGU